AGCACACACAGUGAAUCUCAUUCCUAAACAUUUUAUCGUUGAUGACCUCUGGCUUCAAAACAAUUCAAAAUCUUGAUCAAUAGCUUUGGUUAUACUUUCAGCCCCACAUUGGAAGGAUAAACCUUUCAGCUUACUGAUACUGUCACAAAUCUUCAGGUACCUUCAGCUAUGUCAUUUAAGGCAGCUGCCUGUGCUCUGUACGAGCUGCGCACAUACAGUCUCCGUCUGGAUAGGAUGGCGGCGUUUCUGCGCGAAACGGAGCGUCUGUUUCACCUGCGCACGCAGCAGUCGCCCGUGCUGGGGUACUGGACGUCGGAGCUGGGCGGCCUUCAUCAGGUGGUCCACCUGUGGCCCUACGAGAGUCUGUCCCACCGCGCCUCGGUGCGCGCCGCGCUGGCCUCUGACACGACGUGGCUGCAGGAGUACGUGGGCCCGGUGCUGAACCCGGCCGUCCUCGGCCAGGACAACCUCCUGAUGCGGCCGCUAGAGACCACCUCCGUCACUGCUCCCACCGGACCAGGUGUGACUGAGCUACUACAGCUCUCUCUGACCGGCCCCGAGUCGGAAUGGUCGCCGCCUCUGCUGCGGGUGGCCGCCGAGGUCGGAGAGGCCACACCCGACCAUACACUGGUCGGCUGUUUCCGCUCGGUGAUCGGCCCGGCCAACAGCGCCGUGCUGCUGACGCACUACCCGAGCCAGGAGGCGCUGCUGAAGGCCGCCGAGGACCGCCGACUCAAUACCGCCUAUGUGGACCUCCUGCGGCACGUGCGGACCGCUCACAGCAAGCUGCUGCUGCCACACAAGGUGUCAUUGAUUCAGUAGUGCCGCCUGGCAUUGUCAGUCACUCGCCAGGGGUCGCUUUACCUACCGCCAAGGAGCGGGGCUGGGGGACCGGAGCUGUUUACUAGGGACUGAAGCCGCGCACGCGAAUGACAGCGCUCACCUGGGGAUCCAUUGUUGUUUAUCGGUGGGUCGCGGCCAUGUAGGUCACAAAGAUAAUGCGAUACGGAAUGUGAUAUUUUAAUCAUGACUAUUUUGUACGCCCACGCAGGUUUUGGGUCGCUGUAGCUGUUAGACGGGAGGAUAC